AUGCCUAUCUCCAAGAUCCACGCCCGCUCUGUUUACGACUCCCGCGGUAACCCUACCGUUGAGGUGGACGUCGUCACCGAGACUGGUUUGCACCGUGCUAUCGUUCCCUCUGGUGCUUCCACUGGCCAGCACGAGGCUCACGAGCUCCGUGACGGUGACAAGACCCACUGGGGUGGAAAGGGUGUUCUCAAGGCUGUCGCCAAUGUCAAUGACACCAUUGCCCCCGCCGUCAUCAAGGAGAACCUCGAUGUCAAGGACCAGUCCAAGGUCGACGAGUUCCUGAACAAGCUUGAUGGAACUGCCAACAAGUCUAACCUCGGUGCUAACGCCAUCCUCGGUGUCAGCUUGGCCAUUGCCAAGGCUGGUGCCGCUGAGAAGGGUGUCCCUCUCUACGCUCACAUCUCCGACCUCGCCGGUACCAAGAAGCCCUAUGUGCUUCCUGUCCCCUUCCAGAACGUCCUGAACGGUGGCUCUCACGCUGGUGGCCGUCUGGCUUUCCAAGAGUUCAUGAUUGUUCCUUCCUCUGCCCCCUCUUUCUCCGAGGCUCUCCGCCAGGGUGCUGAGGUCUACCAGAAGCUCAAGGCUCUCGCCAAGAAGAAGUACGGCCAGUCUGCUGGCAAUGUUGGUGACGAGGGUGGUGUUGCUCCCGAUAUCCAGACUGCUGAGGAGGCUCUUGACCUCAUCACUGAGGCCAUUGAGCAGGCCGGUUACACUGGCCAGAUGAAGAUUGCCAUGGACGUUGCUUCCAGCGAAUUCUACAAGGCUGAUGUCAAGAAGUACGACCUUGACUUCAAGAACCCCGACAGCGACUCCUCCAAGUGGCUCACCUACGAGCAGCUGGCCGACCUCUACAAGACUCUUGCCAGCAAGUACCCCAUUGUCAGCAUUGAGGACCCCUUCGCUGAGGACGACUGGGAGGCCUGGAGCUACUUCUACAAGACUUCUGACUUCCAGAUUGUUGGUGAUGACUUGACCGUCACCAACCCCCUGCGUAUCAAGAAGGCUAUCGAGACCAAGGCUUGCAAUGCUCUCCUGCUCAAGGUUAACCAGAUCGGUACCCUUACCGAGUCCAUCCAGGCUGCCAAGGACUCUUACGCCGACAACUGGGGUGUCAUGGUUUCCCACCGUUCCGGUGAGACUGAGGAUGUCACCAUUGCCGAUAUCGCUGUUGGUCUCCGCUCUGGCCAGAUCAAGACCGGUGCUCCUGCCCGUUCCGAGCGUCUGGCCAAGCUGAACCAGAUCCUCCGUAUCGAGGAGGAGCUUGGCGACAACGCCGUCUAUGCUGGCGAAAAGUUCCGCACUUCUGUCAACCUUCUGCUUUCUUUACAACGGCACUUUACUGACAAUUCCUACUUUUCUGUCGCAGACGAUGAGGAGGACAGUGCUUCCCCUCCUCCUGUGGCUCCCCGUCGCAGGUUCGAUGAUGAGGAAGAAGAGGAGGUUCUAGACUCCUGGGACGCCGCCGAAGACUCCGAAGUAGAGCGGGAAAAGGCAGCCAAGGCGGCCGAAGCCAAAGCUAAGGCUGAUGCUGAGGCUGCGGCAAAGAAGAAGAGCAAGUCGCAGCGUAUACAGGAGCACCAGGAGGAGCGCAAAAAGAAGGCCGAGGAGGAAGAGUCCGAGAGCGAGGAUGAGGAUGAUUCCGACAAGAGAGCCCGUCUGCGCCGCGCCCAGAAGGAUGCUGAUCUCAAGCACGCCGAGGAUCUGUUCGGUGAUAUCGACCUCAACCGGAACCGCGGAGCUCCCAAGGCUAUCGUUAUUAGUGACUCGGCCGACCCGACGCAGGCCGUCGAUCUCUCUGCCAUGCCUCUGUUCAAGCCUACUACUAAGGACCAGUUCGCUCGUUUGACUUCCACCCUUAUCCCCCUCCUGACUCCCCAUUCGAAGAAGCCUCACUAUUCCCUGUGGGCGCAGGAGUUCGCUAAGCAGCUUGUCAAGGAGCUGAACAGUGCCGAUGUCAAGAAGAUCGCUAGUGCUAUGACAACUAUGAGCAACGAGAAGAUGAGAGAGGAGCGCGCUGCUGACAAGGGUAGCAAGAAGACUAAGGCGGCCAAGACGAAGGUGUCGCUGGUUACCUCCAGAGACAACAAGCUUGAUGCUGAUUAUGAUAAUGGUGAUGAUGGAUUGGGUGACGACGAUUUCAUGUGA